AUGGUUCAUCAGCGACCGCAACACUUUUCUUAUGAGAGAAUAAUUGACCCAUUUACGGUCUUGUUUCAGCUUGUUGCAGAUCCUUGCGCCAGCAACCCGUGUCACCAUGGCAACUGCAGCAGCAGCAGCAGCCGCAGCGAUGGCUACCUCUGCAUUUGCAACGAAGGCUAUGAAGGUCCAAACUGUGAACAGACACCUGCCAGUGUCCCAGCCUCUGGCUGGACAGAGUCCAUGGCACCCAGACAGCUUCAGCCUGUCCCGGCUACCCAGGAACCUGACAUAAUUCUGCCCAGCUCUCAGGCAACUGUCACUCUGCCCACGUGGCAGCCGAAAACAGGGCAGAAAGUUGUCGAAAUGAAAUGGGAUCAAGUGGAGGUGACUCCAGAUAUCGCCUGUGGUAAUGCCAGUUCUAACAGCUCUGCAGGUGGCCGUCUGGUGACCUUUGAAGUGCCGCAGAACACCUCAGUCAAAAUUCGGCAAGAUGCCGCAGCCUCGCUGAUUUUGCUGUGGAAGGUCACGACCACGGGGUUUCAGCAGUGCUCCCUCAUUGAUGGCCGCAGCGUGACCCUCCUCCAGGCCCCCGGGGGCCUCGUCCUCUUGGAGGAGAUGCUCGCCUUGGGGCACAAUCACUUCAUCGGUUUUGUGAAUGACUCUGUUACUAAAUCUAUUGUGGCUUUGCGCUUAACUCUGGUGGUGAAGGCCAGCACCUGUGUGCGGGGGGACGGCCAUGCAAGUGACUUGGAGUGUUCUGGAAAAGGAAGAUGCACCACGAAGCCAUCAGAGGCAACGUUUUCCUGUGACUGUGAUGAACAGUAUGUGGGUACUUACUGUGAAGAAUUUGACGCCUGCCAGAGGAGACCCUGCCUGAACAACGCAAGCUGCGUUGAUGCGAUCGAAAAGCAAGACGGGAGAAACUUCACCUGCGUCUGCCUCGCGGGUUAUACUGGAGAGCUCUGCCAAUCCAAGAUUGACUACUGUAUCCUAGACCCAUGCAGAAACGGAGCAACGUGCAUUUCUAAUCUCAGCGGAUUCACCUGCCAGUGUCCUGAAGGCUACCAUGGCCUCUACUGCGAGGAGGAAUACAACGAGUGCCUCUCCACCCCGUGCCUGAACGCUGCCACCUGCAGGGACCUCGUCAAUGGCUACGAGUGCGUGUGCCUGGCGGAGUACAAAGGAAUCCACUGUGAAGCCUACAAGGACCCCUGCGCUAACGUCAGCUGUCUGAACGGAGGCACGUGUGACAGUGACGGCCUCAAUGGCACGUGUGUCUGCACACCAGGAUUUACAGGUGAAGAGUGUGACAUUGAUAUAAAUGAGUGUGACAGUAACCCCUGCCAUCACGCGGGUACCUGCCUGGACCAGCCCAAUGGUUAUACCUGCCACUGCCCCCAUGGCUGGGUGGGAGCAAACUGUGAAAUCCACCUGCAGUGGAAGUCCGGGCACAUGGCCGAGAGUCUCAGCAACAUGCCCCGGCACUCCCUCUACAUCAUCAUCGGCGCCCUCUGCGUGGCCUUCAUCCUGAUGCUGAUCAUCCUGAUUGUGGGGAUUUGCCGAAUCAGCCGCAUCGAGUACCAGGGCUCCUCCAGGCCGGCCUACGAGGAGUUCUACAACUGUCGCAGCAUUGACAGCGAAUUCAGCAACGCCAUCGCCUCCAUCCGGCAUGCCAGGUUUGGGAAGAAAUCCCGGCCUGCGAUGUACGAUGUGACUCCCAUCGCCUACGAGGAUUACAGCCCUGACGACAAACCCUUGGUCACACUGAUCAAAACAAAGGAUUUGUAAUCUUUUCUCGGGAUUAUUUUUCAAAAAGAUGGGCUACGACACUCAUUUAAAUAUUUUUAAGAAAAUAAAAAGCUUAAGAAAUUUAAAACGGUAGCUGCUCAAGAGUUUUCGGUAGACUGUUUAAGAACUAAUUUUCUGCAGCUUUUAGUUUGAAAGGAAAUAUUUUAAAAAAGGAAUUUGUGAAACCCAUAGACUACGUGUUAAUGUACGUCCAGCGCUCUAAGCUGUGUGCUUGGACUAGCGUGUGCGCUUCCCGUGGUAGACCCGAUCAGGGAUCCCAGACUGACUCUGCGGUUGUUACAGGGUCAGUCUCAUCCAGGAGAAGCUUCUAUUUGACGUGUGAGUGCCAGCUUUCUGAGUAGAGUUAGGAAACCCAUGUAGAGUAUGAACCAUAAUACCGUAUACCCGUAACUUAAAGAGAAGCCCGAAAUGUUUGUUCUGUGAAAAAGAAACUAGUUCAAUUUAUUAUUCUUAACCCGAAUGAAAUUAGCCUUUGCCUUAUCCUGUGCAUGGGUAAGUCACUCAUUUCUGCACUGGUUUGUUGAACCUUGCAGAAACCGGAAACAUUCUUUUGAGUCUGUGUGUUUUUGUUUUGUUUUGUUUUGUUGUCAUUUCCGUAACGGUUGUGAAGCGAGGCCUUGAAAACAUACCUGAGGAAAGGGCCUCGUGAGGCAAAUGAUGAUCACAUGGAAUCUGUACUUUCUUUCACCGGUCAAGGUUUCUAUAUUGUGAGUAAAUUAAAUUCGCGUUGAAGUGGUUCCUUGCUAAGAGGUAGGAAACGUUAAGAACGUGCUGGUUCCCUCUGUAGUGAGUACUUCUCAUAGUGCAUCUUUAUUUAUAUCCAGGACAUUUUUGUGGCUGUACUUGGUUGAUAUGUGCCGCUUCUGAUUCUUGCUAAUUCCAAGAGUAUUGAAUAAAUAUUACCAAGUCAAGGAUGUA